AUGUAUAGCCAGUUUGUGGCUGGGGAGACUCUACCAGCUAUACUGAACACAAUAAGAGAGCUGGAUGAAUGUGGAAUAGGAACAAUGUCAUGCAUCCCUAAUGAAGAGGAUCUUUCAACUGAUUUCGAUAACUUUAGAGAUAGGUGAGCUUGUUUUGAUCUGCAUUUCAGACAGUCAACACCCACAGAACAGUCUCAACUGUAACUUUUGCUCUAUUUUUAAAGGACAUUACAAUGUAAUAACUAUUCACAGGAGUGGAGGUAGUUGGUAGUAGAUAUUUACUGAGCUGCAAAGCCAGUGAGAUAAUUUAGCACAAAAAGAUGAUUUUAACUCAUUCGUUCCCACAACGAUUACAAUGUUUUUGGAUGCAAGUCUCAUGAGAGUUGCUCAGCGGUGAAUAGCAAAGGUCAAUAAGAGUUUGAAUAGCCAAUCGGAGUGCACCACUGUGCUAGCUAUCCACUCUUUUAAUAUAUGGUAUACUAACAUUUGCUAUCUAUUACAAAUAAUUGAUAUCUCCCUAGUCACUAUGAUUGUAUUUACUGCCAAGUUAUUUUUUGAAUGCAUAUCUUUAUAUACUAGACAUAUUAAGAGCAAUUAAAAACAACUAUUAAUUCAAGGAAAAUUACUCUUGCAGGGAAGCUAUGUUUGAUAGAAAUGGAAAUGCCAUCCUUGACUGUAUUGAAAAGACAGGUAAAUGAUAACUUACUAAAACAACUUCACAACAGGUCUCUAAGAGAGAGUUGACGCCCUUUAUUUAGGUUUAAUACUUCCACACUUCUUUUCUGUUACCCCAUCUACAAGGGUAACUUUGAAUUUGAUGGUAGGCCUUGGGACAUGUGAUAAAUAAAUUAUUUUUUCUAUCAUAAAGUUCCUUUUCUUGCACUACCUUGCCAUAUGUUAGUUCUUACAGUUGUUUUAAAUCUCACAUCUUGUUUUGGUCAAGACUUUUAGAAGAAGGAGGCUUUUCACAAAUGAAAGUGACAGCCAUAUGCAACCCUAUGCUUCUAGUAAGUGGCUAUAAGUCAGACAGCAAAAAAGUAUGAUAUUUAAACCUUUGCCAAAUUUGAAGAUAUGUCUGUUUGUAUAGCUCCAAAUGAAUAGUCCUUAAAAGUUUGUUAUUUAAAAAGUAAAGCUUGAAGGAUGUAAGCAAAUCAGUUUGAGUUGUUAUGUGGGACCAUUUAGUUGCUCUGCCUGAUAUCCUUAUUUUUUCCUGUUUUUCAAUGGAAUGCUGCUGAAUAUUCUGCAUGUUCUGUUUCCCUAAUAUGCUAAAUUAGUUAUCAUCUAACCACAUACAUAGUUCUUAGAAAGGCGUUGCCCUUGUCCUGAAAAUUGAUGGCUUAUUAAAACAUACUGUUCCUCUUGUCUUCUUUUAAACAAAGCAGUUGCAGCGUUUUUAUGCUCAAACAGUAUUGGGUCAAGUUAAUCCUUGUAGAGAAUACUUCACAUAAUCAUCCUAUUUUUUCACAAUAAAUGCUCUCCACUUUUUUAAAAUGGUGUAUUGUCUUCAGGCAUGUACCACUCUUGCUCCUAUUUUCUUCUAAAUGGAGUUAUGGUGCAAAAACUAUUUAAUGUCUUUAUAGAGGAUCCUUCAUAACUUUACCUUGGCUCUUGUACUUUAUUUGUCUUUUUUCCCAAGAACGAAAAGGACUUUCGUAGCACACUGGAAAAAAGCCUACAUAUUAUUCUGGAUACACACACACAUUUUAUUAAUUUACAAUUAAAUUUACAGGAAAGGGCAUGCCUGCAACUAGCAAAGGCUAAUCUAGGUGGGCCAUGCCUUAUUAAAAACAGAAAUUAACUAAUAAAGUAGAGGGGAAAGAGACAGUUUUGAAUAACAACAAGAAAAACAAUUACAGUGACAAAAUUUAAAAUAUUAAAGGUACAGCUACUGUUUAUAAAAAUAGUCAGGACAGAUCAGAAGUAUUACCAGGAUUUUACAUUUUGUCUAAUCUCAGAUAAAUCUACAUAAGAGUCUUGUGAACCUAAUAUGUUGAAUAAAAUUUGUUUGAGUUUUCUUUUAAAUGCAUUUUUGGAAAGAUUUCUUAAUGCUUGAGGUAUUGCAUUCCACACUUUUACUCCUAUUCAAGAGAAGGAAUUCGCUUGAAUGAAUAACCUAGAAGGUUUGGUAUAGAAGUUAUUAGAGGCAGAAAUUGUAAGAAUGAACAUAAGAUAUAUCUUGAAAUAGAUCUUGAAUAUUGGAUGGAACUGUUCUGUUUCAAACAUCAAACAUCAAAUUAGCUAUAGAUUCAUAAUAACAAAUUUUAGCGGUAAGAUAUGAGCAUCAACAAAUAAAGGAAUUGCAUUCUCAUUAUGAUCAGAAAAGUAGAUAAAGCAAAGAGCUCGUUUCUGCAACUUUAGGAGCUUGUCAAGGUAAGAUUUACAAGCCUGACCCCAUACUGUCAGACCGUAUGUUAAGUAAGGAGCUAUAAGAGCUUGGUAUAUAUUUAAGAGAGUGUGCAUUGGCAGAAAGUGUUGUAAUUUUGUGACUAAUCCUAUGGUUCUGCUUACUUUAAUGAUUAUAUGGUCAAUAUGGUGUUUCCAAGACAAAUUUUUAUUUAUUUUAGAUAUUUGACAUAAUCUUUAUGCUCCAGAGCUGCCUUCUUGUUCUGUUUGUUAUCAAAUAUCACAAUUUUAGGUUGAUAAGACAGUUUCCUUUGGGCAGGGCAAAAUAUGAUGAAAUUGCUUUUUUUAAUAUUCAAGGUCAAUUUGUUUGCAGUUAACCAAUCAUAUACUUUGUUAAGUUCUUGAUUUAUGUAGAGUUCCAAUGAUUUCAGAUUUUUAUCAGCAAAAAGGAUAUUUGUAUCAUCUGCAAAAAGGUAAAAAUUAAGCUUAUCUGAUGAUUCCUGUAUGUCAUUGAUAUAUAAGAAAAAAAAGCAGUGGGCCUAUAGAACAGAACCCUGAGGCACUCCACAGGUAGAAUCUAACCUUUCAGAAAUAUGAGAACCAAUUUGAGUUGUUUGAGUUCGCCCUUGCAAGUAGAUAAACCUCUCUGUGUGUUUGCCUCUGUAAAACCAGGGACAGCAAUUUUCUUGUUGUCAGUAGUAGUUAGAAAUAGUACAGUGCCAGGCAUAGGAUGUUAUAAAAUUGUUUAUUUACAUUCACUUUAAAUUAAUGGAUCCAUGAUGUAUAAUUACAUUAUUCUUUCCCAUGUGAAAAUAAUUUCCCUCAAACCCUCAUCUUUUUAAAUACUUUAAUGAUUAAAUAAAGAUUAUCAUUUCUUGAGAGCAUUAUGUUUGUUUUAUUCACAAGGUUUUAAUCCCAUAUUCAUGAACAAACAGGUCUUUAGGGAGUUCACAAAACAAAUUGUAACAUGUGACUUAAAACAAUAUCAAGCUCUCAAUAUUUAAUAAUCUGUUCUUUUUGUGGCUCUGAUUUUUAUAAAACCACACACUAUGUACAAUGAUUAAUUUGUUCUAAAGCUUAACUAUUAUGAAAGCUAUAAGGGAAAACUCAUUUUUAAAUGAUUGUCCCCUUAAUACAUUUUACUUGUGUGACACAAGCAGUACCAUUUCUAUACAAUUUGUUUCAUCAGCUGUACCAUACAGUUAUAUCAGGCACUUGCAUUAACUACCCAUUCAACCCUUUAACUCCCAAGAUCUCAUUAGAAAUUCUCCUCACUGUCUGCCAUACAGUUCUUGUGAUGUUAAUUUUGAGAAUUUGGUAUUUGAUCAACUUAUAAUCCACAAUUUAAUAUAUAUUUUUUUUAUUCUCAUCACUUGUCUGCCUGAUAUUGUAUUGAUAUUUUGCAAGGGGAAACUCUGUUUUGGUCACUCAAAAGAAUUAAAUGGUUAAACUCUUAAAUGGAUGGGAGUUUGAGUGUCUUGCCAAGCCAGAAUGUUCAAAAUACAAUUAAGCUAGCCUAGUAUAAAUGUAAGUCUUUGUAUCUUGGCAUGAAUCUCAGUUGUUUUAAUGCAGAUUCCUUUAAUUUUAACCUGCAAUGAGAUGCAAUCUAUUAAAAAAGUAGCCCUGAAUGAAGUUCUUGAGCAAGUAAAUUCAAAACCUAUUUUAAAUUUUAAGCAUGAAUUACAGCUGACCACCUUUCGAAAAACAUUGAAAAGCCUCAUGACAGUAGGAAAGGUCAUGAAUUCAGUUAACACUUCUUGAUUUGAAGUGAAAAGCAUAUUGGCCUAAAAGUGGAACUCCAGUGGGAUAUUUCACCACCCAUUACUCAAUUGGAGUAGAAGUAUUCUCAACAUAUGUUUAGAGAAGCAUUGCUUGCAGCUAAGGGUGUGGUGCAAUUUCUUUGGAAUCUUUAGAUAUACUAAAAACAUCUAGCUAUGAAUGGAAGUUUUUCAGCAAAUGCAAGUUUAUUUCUCCAUAAAUGUUUUCUCUAAGUUACAUAUAUAGAGCUAUUUGAAGUCAGAAAAGACCAAGUAUAAACUGUAUUCUUGAGUAACAUGAAAUUCCUGUCAGUUAUGAUUUUGUCUGCAUCAUGGAUUCAAACCCUUGAGAGUGCUUUACAAAGUAGCAAAUAAACCACAGCUGAUUAUUGUUGGUAAUACCAAAACUGUGCAGCUAUGCUAUUUUUUUUAUAUUUCCUCUCCAACUUUUGGCUCAUUCACUAAUAGUAUAUGUUGAUUAUUCCUCACUACCUUAAAAAGACAACUAUGCCAAGGAAAGAAAUUUUUGAAAUUAGUCAGAAGAUGGUGUUAUUCACAUUAAUGAGCUAGAGAUGUGAUUCUUCUUCUGAACUCUUGCUAUGAGAGAGAUCUCUCCUCUGUUCUUUUGAUAACAACUCCAUUCUCAGUGGCUCUGUGCUCAAGAUAAGCAAGUGCUUCACCCACAGGGCCAUAAGGUACUGACUUGUACACAUUGAAGCCUUUCUGCCCUGUAGUAGUAAAGGAGAAAUUAAACUGGAGUUUUUAAAUUAAACAUGGAUGGAAAAUUGCUCUUGAAUUUGACAGACCUUCCACCCCUUGUGCAGGAGGAAAGGCCUCUUUUCAUAAUAUACAGCAAUGCAUCCCCACAUGAACUCUGACUUUAUUUCAUCAUUUAUGACAGGUAUUCCUGAUUUAAAUCCAUUUUGAUUUUUGCAAUCUUGCACUCUUAGAUUUAUUUUCACCUCAGUUUAAAGGGUUUUGUUCCCUUAUUUAUUUGUUUACUUGAUUAAGGCCAAGAGGUUGCCUUGCAGACCCAGGAAAGCAUUGGUAACAAUGGCAGCACUUCACAGAAGGUGAUUUAA